AAGACUGGUGUUAAUCUGAUAUGAAGCAGUUGCAUGUCAGGAGUUUGCUCAGGUAGAGUACGGCUCUCUGCAGGUGAGCAGGCUGAAGAACUCAGAAUCACCUUGGUCGCCUGACAAUAAACUUCCCAUCAGGAGAUAACUGGAGACAAGAGAACAAUGAACUGGGGAUUUUUGAAGAAUGUUCUGAGAGGGGUUAACAAGCACAAUGAACAGAGGGAUUUUGUGUGUAACACAGAGCAGCCUGGUUGUGAGAAUGCUUGCUUCAAAUAGUCCUGCCCCAUCUCUCAGAUUCACCUUUGGGCUCUGCAGCUCAUCAUGGUAUCUGCACCCUCCCUGCUGGUGGCUUGCAGAAAGCGCAGGGAGGCCAAGGACAAAGGCAGCAUUGAUAGGGGUCUUUAUUGCACUUACAUCCUUAGCCUGUUCAUUACGAUGGGCUUUGAAGUGGGCUUCUUGCUGGCUUUUUACUUCUUGUACAAUGACUUCGGGGUGCCAAUACGGCUGCAGUGCAGUCAGGAACCCUGUCCUAACACUGUGGACUGCUAUAUAUCCAAAUCUACAGAGAAGAAGGUCUUCCUCAUCUUAAUGGGCUGUACUUCCAUUCUGUGCAUAGUCCUCAACUUCUUAGAGCUCAUCUGCAUCAUGCGGAAGUGGCUGUGGAAACAUUGCACUGUAGAUCAGAGGAUUUUAAGGAGCAACGAGCUGCAUGUUUCACCUGAAACAGAUUUACAUCAGCUGAGUACUUUGAAAAAACAUGACCUACAGCUGAUGAGGUUGAAAAACCUGUCACUCCACUUCCUCAGUGCCCGGAACAAGAGCAAGUACACUGUUCCAAAGAAGAAUCUCUUUAAUCCUGAAAAACAUUGCACCAUGCGCUAUGUAGAGCGGAGGAUUUUAAGAAGCAGCGAGCUGCAUGUUGCAACUGCCAACAGAUUUACAUCAGCUGAGCACUUUGAAAAAAUACGACCUGCAGCUGAUGAGGUUGAAAAACCUGUCCGUCCAGUUCCUCAGUGCCCGGAACAACAGCAAGUCCCUGGUUCCAAAGAAGAAUCUUUAAAUCUCUUUAAUCCUUAGAAGUAAUUAAAAGACAUGUGGACAUUUAUGUAUUUUAAAAUUUAUCUUAGAACUUUAUAACAUUCUUUUUUUUCCUUUUAUUUCAUAGAGAUGGGAGUAUGUAACGCAAUAUGUUAUCUGCCUCUUACAGAUAAUAUUGUUUAUGUUUUAAAUAUUUACCGUCACAGACAUUUGUUUUUCUUCCAGUUUGUAUAUAUGACGUUAUCUUGAUCAGUAUUUUCUGUAAUCCCUCUGUGCUUUUCUGGGGACAUUUUACAGACACUUCCAGAGUUCUCUAUAUUUCUUCCAAUAAUAUGUGUAACAUCUAGUCUAUUCUUAAAUUCUUGGCUCUUGUACAGGAUAACAAUAUUUCAGAUGAGCUUGUGGACUGUCGCACUGAUGGUAAAUGCUAGUUUUCUAGCAGCUUCAUAAAAUUGAAUAAGGACCAGUUAAAAACCAGAUAAACAAUAACUUUAAAAACAUACCGUAUCACUUUUUCUAAUUCAGAGCUGGAUCAAAAUUUUUAACCAAAAAAAGAAAACACUGAAAAGAGCUUUAUAAAUAAAGAUUACUUAAAAAAAAAAACAAUAAAAUUAA